UAUGGGCCCAAAGCAACAAAAAUUAAGGUUGACAAAAGGUGAAGGUGGCAAAGUGAAUGUAGAAAAUAUCAUUUUUGACCAAGAGAAGGCUAGGAAAGAUCUUGCAUUGAUGAUAUGUGAACAUGAGUACCCUUUAUCUAUUGUAGAUCAUAGUGGGUUUCACAGAUUUUGUUCUUCUUUGCAGCCAUUGUUUAAGAUGGUGUGCAGAAAUACUAUUAGGAAUGAUAUUGUGGCUAUGCAUUCUGCUCAAAGGGAGAAGAUGGUGAAUUUCUUUGCAACUUUCAAACACCGAGUGGCUAUCACUACAGAUUUGUGGACAUCAGGCUAUCAAAAGAGAGGUUACAUGGCUGUUACUCCACACUAUAUAGAUGAUUCUUGGAACCUCAAGAGCUUUCUUAUGAGGUUUGCUUAUGUGCCAUGUCCACAUUCAGCUGAAGUUAUAUGUGAAGCCUUGUAUGAAUGUCUCGUUGAGUGGCACCUUGAGAGGAAGAUCUCCACCAUCACUUUGGACAACUGCACAUCAAAUGACAAGGCUAUGGAUAUAUUUCAACCCACGCAUAUGGACAUGUGGAAGUUGCUCGGAAAGUUCCGCACUGAGGUCAUUGACUCCUCUUCCGACGAUGAGUUCGAGCAGACGAUGCAAAACAAGGCUUCUGUUGCGGCCUCCAUCCUCCACGAGCACAAUGGCAGCCAGACACCCGUGCAUCGGGGCUCUGUGAAGGGCCGCUCAAAAAACCUGUCACGCCGCAGAGUGGAAGGCCACCUUUGA